UCCUCAAGCCCGGCGGUGUUAUCAUUUGAAUGGUAAAAACUCCCAAACCAAACCGAGCGACACUGACAAGUUGAAGUGGACGAGUUCAUCAAGUUUUUUCACCUUUUCGACGCGCCACACCUGGAGAUCUGCAAGUUUCCUUUACAAGAUGAAUCGUGUCUCAUAUUAUGGCAGCUGGUAAGCAUGUCUGGAAACAAAACAUCAUCAGGAUCAACCACAACAAACCCAAUGGCCUUCUGCGACCCUGCCUACAGCCCUCUGCUCACAAGAACAUGAAGCAGGUGAAUAAUAGACAUGAAGAAGAUUUAGAUAAGAACGGAUUUCAUGUACACAGCCUACCCUGUCCAGGCAAAGCGAAGCAGUUGCCUCCCAGCAAGAGGAAAGGCUGUCCAUUGGAGGUGGUGGGCGUCAAGCUGCACCGCAAAGCAUCCCAUGUAGGCUGCGGCCGUGACCCCGGCAUGGCCAACAAAGAGAAUGAGCUGACCUGCUCCGACGACGCGCGGACCAACUACUACAAUGACAGCCGCGGGCCUCCUGUGAACACUGCAGACGGCUCCAAGAUGGCCGGUGCCAGCUCCAAGUACACAGACUUAAAUGAGCUGUCAAAGGACCAUGAAGCAAUGAGUCAAGUCUUAUUUGGAAGAAGUCUUCGGCUCAAAGUAGCACUUAGCCUUUGGCGAAGAAACGCCACUGAGUUGGUGGCCUAUCUAAUCAGAAUCCAGGACACGGGAGUGCUGCUCGACUGCUUACCUGUCUUAACAAAUAACCUUCAAACUGAAGCACCGUGUUUCUCACUGGGCUGCUGUGUUGACCUCAUGCCCCAAGUGAAACUGAUUCUCUCCAGUAAAUAUGAAGAGCACAUAUCAGUGGGUUUGCUUUGGGUCCAGGCCAUUAUCAGGAAAUGGUGGCCUGAACUCUCCAAGACGGAUAAAAGACUGCAGGACAGUUGUACAGAAGACAGGAAUAUUGAAGUCAUGAAGCAGCGGCUAAAAGACUUAUGGAAGGAGGGGUCCAAACUGUGUGUGGUCCCAGGGUCUACAGGAGAUCUGGCCAAGGCUAUCGGGGCUUAUCUCACCCAGCUGCCCUGACAGGCUUGGGGCACUUCUGAGGAUGUGACCACUACUGCCAGAUCACGGCUGUGUUUGGGGCCGAUAACACACCAGACGAGUGGACUGGAUCAUUUCGACUCAACUCUAAACCUGACUAUUCCGACCACUCCCUUCCGUCAGGGGGAGUUGGAGACACUGACACAGGGGCCUCGAGCGCCCUCCUGCUUUGAAACCAAGCAAAAAAGUCAACCUGCUUCACAUUGAAGUGGACCGUCUAGUGAAGGAGACUGGGUGUAUCGCUCUAUGAAGUGCCAUUAUUCAAUCGCACCACUCUCGCCAUGGAAAGGCCAACGCACGUGUGGUGGGACUAGUGCUCAAAUGUUUUGCAAUCUGGAACUUGAAACAGUCUUAAGUUAUUAGAGCUUUUCUUCUUUUUAUUUGCCUGUGCAUAUGACAAUUGACUGUAUGUAUGAGAUGUAAAAACAAGUGAUUCUUUUAAUCUUUUAAUAAAUUGAAAAUUCCAUAUAAAAGAAAAUAUUUGUGUAAUAAUUAGGUAUUGUCAAAUUUAGAGACCAAUUUCCUAAAAGUUAUAAUAUGACACAUUUUUAGCAGACCAGAGAUGAGUAGAGAAGACUCUAGUAAGAAUAACGUUACGUCAAAGGAAUAUUAUGUGGAAAACAAUAGUCCAAGAAAUUAGGAAGAGUAAAAAAAAGAAUUUGGGAAAAUUAAGGAGGGUAAAUUAAAGCGUAACUGUUGGGAUGCAAGUUGUAAUUUGUAGUUGAUGUAAUUUGAAAGAUGAAACAUUAAAUCAUGUAUAAAA